UCGAUAGACCAUAACAAAGGCAAAACAUCCUGCACUCUAAGAAGACAACGCCGCUUGUCAAGCCACUGUGGGAAGGAGUCACACGUUUCUGUACAUUCAUGCAUGCGACGCUCCAAUCGCGGAAGCGUGUGUAAUCAUGCUGGUGUUGUUGAGCUCUCGAUAAGUAGUGUCUUCCGCUCGCUCGGUUCGGUGUCAUCCUUUGCCGUUUCGUCAGAUACAGGCAUUCUUUAUGAGCAGCAUGUUUCGCAAUCUGAGACGUAGAUCCAGACAGGCCUCACAAGAUGAAUACAUAAAGCCGUCCUCAUCAACACCUAAAGCCGAACCACCUGUCGAAGAUUCACAGUCGUAUGGCAUCUUGGAGUGGGUUCCAAAUGACAGAGCAACAGUGGAUAUUGUAUUCGUUCAUGGGCUGAAUGGUCACCGCGAGCGGACCUGGACUGCGCCAAACGGGAUUGUGUGGCCGAAAGACCUCCUCCCAGUGUCAUGUCCAGCUGCCCGGAUCUUGACUUUUGGUUAUGAUUCCCGGACUCAUGCCGCCAGGGACCUUUCCAAGCAGACUUUCCACGGUCAUGCUACAACGUUGCUACAAAGACUCAGUCUACUGCGUCGACGUACCAAGACUACGCGUAGACCGAUCAUCUUCAUCGCUCACAGCCUCGGGGGUCUUGUCGUAAAAAGCGCCCUGAUCCAUGCAAAUCAGGCAACAGGUACCAACUUGGAGCACCACCGAUCGAUCAAACUCAGCACAUACGGAAUCCUCUUCUUUGGGACGCCCCAUCAAGGUGGUAACGGUGUAGCACUUGGAAAAGUCUUAGCCACUAUUGCGAGUGCCUUCAUUUUUACCAAUCCAGAGAUCCUGGAUCACCUCGAGAAGGGAUCUGAGUGGCUUGAACAACAGUUGGACUAUUACAAAUUCAUCGCAGCCGACUUUGAUACAAAGUUCUUUUACGAAACAAUCCCUACAAGACUCCCUAUGGGGAAGACGAUGCUGAUUGUCGACAAGAAUUCUGCGAUUGUUCCUGGAGCCAGCAAUGUAGAAUCAGUUGAAGUGUCCAAGAACCAUUCCGACAUGGUCAAGAUUCACAACAAUCAGGAGGAAGAAUACAAGAAUAUUGAGGAUUACCUCUUCCUCAUGUCCGAAGAAGCAUCAUUGAAGGUGGAACGCAACUGGGAGGCCGAGAAAAUUUCCACGGCUACUGCCGGUAUCUCAAUCAUUCAGGACGAUUUUCAUCUGUCUUUGAGCUUAGGCUAUAGGCGAAAUCAAAUGUUCACUGGCCGGGAUGAUCACCUACGGACUCUUCAUGAACUCCUUUCAGGGCACCAGACAAACUCUACAGUAGUAGUGGUGGGAAUAGGUGGACUAGGAAAAACUCAAGUGGUGCGAGAGUAUGCGUACCGCUUCAGCCACGAGUAUACUUCAAUUGUGUGGUUCGACUGCCACAGUCUUGAGACGGUGCAGACUAGUUUUCUCCAAUUAGCCCAGCGUUUAGUGCGCCACUACGCUAAUCAUAACAGCUCGGUUGUACCACCUUACUCCCAACUUGCUCAACAUCUGAGCAUGGCGGGUGCCAUCGACACGAAUGGACAUGUCAAGCACCCUGUGGACAACAAGAGUCUGGUUGUCGAUGCUGUGCACAAGUGGUUUGGGCAAAAGGGAAAUGCAGGAUGGCUCGUCGUGUUCGACAACUACGACGACGUCAAUUCUGAGCAAUUUAGUGAUGGGAGAUUAUUCCCCGAGACCUCUGAGAAUGGCAAAAUCUUGGUGACGACGAGGAGACGAGAAUGUGCCCGCUUUGGCCGGUUGCUUGAGAUGGACACGAUGAGUGAGGAAGAGAGUCUAGAGCUUCUGGAGAAGAGUUGUAGGGCAGGAUGCAAGUCAGCAGAUUUUGAUACUGCCGAGGCUUUGGACAUAGUCAAGACGCUAGGGCAUCUGCCCUUGGCUAUAGAUCAGGCUGGUGCAUACAUCUUGACUAUGGGAGUUCCGCUCUCGAGUUAUCUGCCUCUCUUACGUGGACCAUUAAUACGACAAACCCUCAGUCGUAAGCCUUCAGUUGGAUGGCAAUACUCGGAAUCUGUCUUUACCACAUGGGAGAUAUCGUUCCAGAGGCUUGAGAAAACGCAGCCAAGGGCUGCAGAGCUCUUGCUAUUGUGUGCAUAUCUCUCCAACGAAGACAUUGAGAUAGAGCUAUUGCGCCGUGGCUUGGAAGCUAUCGAUCCCAAAGCUGCCUAUGUGUUGCAGGAGAGCAUCGGAGAGCUUUCUUCCUUCUCGCUGAUCAAGUUGAAGGUGACUGGAGCGGCGUUCUCAAUCCAUCCUCUUGUUCACGCGUGGGCCCGAGAGCGACUGGACAGUCAAACUCGAAGCGACCUCGUAGGAAGGGCUUCGAGCGUUGUUUCGCGUGCUGUCACUCCAUCCGAGAUAUGGACCACAGGAGUCCGAACAUCGCAGGACUGGAUCCUCGAACGUUCCAUCGUUGCUCAUGUCGAAAACCUGUCGCGAUGGCUAAAUGAAAUCUGCAAAGAUGACCAGACUUACUUUAAGCAUUCUCAACAAUGGAUGACAAUGGCCAACGUCCACUUUUAUCAGGGUCGUUAUGAUCGCGCGAGUCACAUUUACAGCCGUAUAAUCGCCGCUCGAGAUUUACAGUUUGAGCCGAGCGACGCAGAUACGUUGAUGGCUGUACAAGCUUGGGCAACGAUCAAACGCUUCCAGGGAGACUGGACCAAUUGCGAAGCUCUCUACAACCGCGCGCUGUCUCACAGAACACAGCAAGAUCCCAAUCAUCUUGACACACUGGCCACGGUACAGAGUCUAGCGAUAUUGUAUCGACAUCAAGGCCGACUUGAGGAAUCUGUAAAACUGUAUGAAUGGGCGCUGCACGGCAAAGAUGGUUGUGGUUACGGUAUGGAAGAGCAGCAAGGUCCAACACAUCCAAAUACGAUUCAUACUGUAUUUGGUCUAGCCAUAGUUCUGCAGAAACAAGGAAAACACCACCAAGCUCUGGGACUAUACGAAAGAGUCCUCGGGAAACGGACAAUCGAUUUGGGCGAUCUCCAUCCCGAUACUUUGACCGUCAAACACAACACGGCUACGGUCUUGUGCUGUCUGGGUGAGUUAGCGCACUCUCAGCGCUUGUUUGAGGAUGUCCUUCCUCAUCGAGAACGGACCUUAGGCCCUGACCAUCCAGACACCUUGCGCACUAUAGAUAGUAUGGCAACUUUGUUCCACGAGCAAGGAAACUUUGAACUCGCGGAGAAACACUACAUGCUUGCGCUCGAGGGCCGGAGGCAGAAACUCGGCCCAGCACACCCAGACACGCUGGAGUCUUUGCACAACCUUGCCACGAACAAUCGAGUGCAAGGAAGACUCAAGGUAGCGAAGUCGAUGUAUCUAGAAGCCCUGCAGGGAAGACAGGAGCAAAAGAAGUUUGACCCCGAGAACCUGGAGGUCCUACGAACGGUCGAAGGCCUGGGCCUUGUAGCUGAAGCGCAGCGUGAGCAUCGCGAAGCUCUUGAACUGUUAUCCCGAGCUCUGGAUGGCUACACUAAGGCAUUGGCACAACACAGUACCGAGGUUACACGGACGACCGACAGUAUCGGUAGAGUCUUAGAAAAGGAGGGGCGGAAAGAGGAAGCCAGAUCGUAUUACCGUCGACUCUCGUCCACAGAGUCCACAGAGUCCACAGAGUCCAGGACAAUCCGUGAAGUCUCUAUGUAAGCUUCAUAUAAUGCUGGGUGGAAUUUGGUCCAAUGCACUUAGUAAGGAGGCUCAGCAGUUGAACGCAUAGGAGGGCAAGAAAAGAUCAGGGCAACGCUUUUCUCGUUCUAGACCCGACUUCCUUAGCGUUCAUUCCAUUCGUACUUAGCAAACGGUUGGAGGAGAAUCGCAGGAAUUCUGAUCUAGACUGUGGUAUAAUUAACAACUGACCUGAAAGAGAUUUCAAACAUCGAAAAGCUGUAUAUCUC